AUGCUUACGGUCUGUUGGCGAUGGUGUGGAUGCAGCAGGUGGAUCAACGGGUGUGGAUGCAGCAGGUGGAUCAACGGGUGUGGAUGUAGCAGGUGGAUGAACGGGUGUGGAUGCAGCAGGUGGAUCAACGGGUGUGGUGGAUCAACGGGUGUGGAUGCAGCAGGUGGAUCAACGGGUGUGGAUGCAGCAGGUGGAUCAACGGGUGUGGAUGCAGCAGGUGGAUCAACGGGUGUGGAUGCAGCAGGUGGAUCAACGGGUGUGGAUGCAGCAGGUGGAUCAACGGGUGUGGAUGCAGCAGGUGGAUCAACGGGUGUGGAUGCAGCAGGUGGAUCAACGGGUGUGGAUGCAGCAGGUGGAUCAACGGGUGUGGAUGCAGCAGGUGGAUCAACGGGUGUGGAUGCAGCAGGUGGAUCAACGGGUGUGGAUGCAGCAGGUGGAUCAACGGGUGUGGAUGCAGCAGGUGGAUCAACGGGUGUGGAUGCAGCAGGUGGAUCAACGGGUGUGGAUGCAGCAGGUGGAUCAACGGGUGUGGAUGUAGCAGGUGGAUCAACAAGUGUGGAUGCAGCAGGUGGAUCAACGGGUGUUGGCAGAUGUCCUGUGGAUCACCAGCAGGGGGGAGUGACGGAAGAAGAGAAACAAAGAAAUGGGGUUGGAUACAAGGGUUGCAAGUCAGGGGCUGUGAGAGUGUUCACGGCUGUUCCCUUGCACCCGGGCUUGGAGAAGAACCGAAUCUCGCUGCAAGCAGCAGCUGCGCCUGCCUGCGUCCACGCCACCUGCACUUUCUUCCUCCCCCGCGCGCUCUUGGCCGGGGGAAUGUCGACGCAGCGCAGCGAGUUGAAGGUGAUCGCGCGGCCGUUGAUGAUCACCCGCGUGCCCACCUUCCGCAGUGGCGUGGCUUCCAGUGCCGAGACGCUGCCUGCUCCUGUAAUAAUGGGGUGGGUGAACAUGGGAGCAUGA